UUCUCACAAGCUCUCCAUGACCACAAAACUACCUUUCAUUCUCUCUAUUGUUUUUCUCUCUCUCUCUCUCUCUCUCUCUCUCUCUCUCUCCUGAUUGUGUAUGUGGAGCUAAUUAGACACAAUAUUCUACAAUGGAAGAAGUGGAACUUCAGUCCAAUGACAACUUGGAUAAGAAUGAUUGUCCAAAAAUGAACACGCAGUCGAAUUCGGAUUCAAAUUCAAACUCGAAUGGAAGAAGAAAGGAAAUGGUUUCGUUUUCUGGGCUAUUUUCUGCUGCUGAUAAAUUGGACUAUGUCUUGAUGUUGUUUGGAAGCAUUGGGGCGUGCGUCCAUGGCGCUGCACUUCCGGUAUUCUUUGUAUUGUUUGGUCGCAUGAUUAAUUCUUUAGGACAUUUAUCCGCGAAUCCUCAAAGAUUGUCUUAUGAGGUUUCCAAGCAUGCUCUGUACUUGGUUUAUCUUGGACUUACAGUUUUAGUAUCAGCAUGGAUGGGUGUUGCAUUUUGGAUGCAAACUGGGGAAAGGCAGACAGCUCGUUUGCGAUUGAAGUAUCUCCAGUCAGUGUUAAAGAAGGAUAUUUAUUUUUUCGACACGGAAGCCAGGGAUAAGAAUCUAGUUUUCCACAUCUCAAGUGAUGCAAUACUUGUGCAGGAUGCAAUAGGUGACAAGAUAGGCCAUGGUUUGCGUUAUCUUUCCCAAUUCCUUGUCGGGUUUGCUAUAGGAUUCACUUCAGUAUGGCAGCUUACACUUGUGACCUUGGCGGUUGUUCCAUUGAUAGCCAUUGCUGGAGGAGCAUAUACAGUUACCAUGUCUACCUUAUCAGAAAAAGGUGAGGCUGCUUAUGCUGAAGCUGGGAAGGUUGCGGAAGAGGUUAUUUCACAGGUUCGUACUGUAUACUCUUUUGUGGGAGAGGAGAAAGCGGUUGAAGAAUACUCAAAGUCACUUAAAAAGGCCCUCAAACUGGGGAAGAAGAGUGGUUUUGCAAAAGGAGUUGGUGUUGGCUUUACAUAUGGGCUCCUGUUUUGUGCUUGGGCAUUACUUCUCUGGUAUGCCAGCAUACUUGUCAGACAUGGAGCCACAAAUGGUGGAAAAGCAUUCACAACAAUUAUCAAUGUCAUUUUCAGCGGAUUUGCUCUUGGUCAAGCUGCUCCAAACCUUGCAGCCAUUGCUAAAGGUCGUGCCGCUGCUACAAAUAUCAUGAGCAUGAUUAAAGACGAACUGAACUCUUCUAAAAAUUCUGAUAAGGGGAUGGUGUUGCCAAAAGUGGCUGGGCAAAUUGAAUUCUGGCAUGUUUCUUUUGCUUACCCUUCUCGGCCUAAUAUGAUCUUCGAAGAUCUUAACUUUUCAGUUUGUGCUGGAAAAUCAUUUGCAGUUGUUGGUCCAAGUGGUUCUGGAAAGAGCACAAUUAUUUCCAUGAUUCAAAGGUUCUAUGACCCCACUUCAGGUAAAAUAAUGCUGGAUGGACAUGAUAUGAAGAUUAUUAAGUUGAAAUGGUUGAGAGAACAAAUGGGGUUGGUUAGUCAAGAACCAGCACUGUUUGCCACAACUAUAGCUGGGAACAUUUUGUUUGGCAAAGAAGAUGCAGAUAUGCAUCAAAUAGUUGAAGCUGCCAAAGCUGCAAAUGCUCAUUCUUUUAUUCAAGGCUUACCUGAUGGUUAUCACACUCAGGUGGGUGAAGGGGGGACUCAGCUCUCUGGAGGGCAAAAACAGAGAAUUGCUAUUGCAAGAGCAGUGUUGAGAAACCCAAAGAUAUUACUUCUAGAUGAGGCAACAAGUGCUCUUGAUGCAGAUUCAGAACUCAUUGUUCAGCAAGCAUUGGAUGUAGUCUUGUCUGGUCGGACAACGCUUGUGGUAGCACACAGAUUAUCUACUAUUCGAAAUGUUGACACAAUCAUCGUCCUCAAGAAUGGACAAGUUGUUGAAACUGGAACUCACUCGGAACUGAUAUCCAAAGGUGGAGAAUAUGCUACUCUGGUGAGUUUGCAAGUAUCAGAACAUAUGGAAAACCCAAGUUCAGGGAAUUCCACUGAACCUUCUGGCAAUCCUAGCUCUCAAAAAUUUUCUGACAGUCAAAACUGUGAGCACGAUUUUGAAUCAAUUGCCAAAACUGAGCUGCACCCAAAAGAUGAAAUAUUGUCCUCAUCAUGCGUCGUCCCAACUCCAUCAGUUUGGGAUUUAGUUAAACUAAAUUCACCAGAGUGGCCCUAUGCAGUACUUGGGUCAAUUGGUGCGAUUCUAGCUGGCACAGAAGCUCCUUUGUUUGCACUAGGAAUUACGUAUGUGUUGAAUGCAUUCUAUUCUAAUGAUGAUUUCCAAAUCAAAGAAGAAGUUCGACGUGUUUCUCUAAUUUUUGUUGGAGUAGCUCUUGUUACCAUUCCUAUAUACCUGUUGCAACACUAUUACUAUGCCUUAAUGGGAGAGCGUCUCACAACUCGUGUUCGGUUACUAAUGUUCUCAGCUAUGCUUUCCAACGAGGUUGGCUGGUUUGAUUUGGAUGAGAAUAGUACCGGCUCACUGACUUCAAAGUUAGCAGCCAAUGCAACAUUAGUACGAAGUGCACUUGCCGACCGCCUAUCAACAAUUGUGCAGAAUGUAGCACUCACUGUGACAGCAUUUGUUAUAGCCUUUACAUUAAGUUGGCGCAUAGCAUCUGUUAUCAUCGCUACCUUUCCCCUACUCAUUGGAGCUUCAAUAGCUGAGCAACUAUUUCUUAAAGGAUUUGGAGGAGACUACUCUCGUUCUUAUUCUCGGGCUACUGCUGUUGCACGUGAAUCAAUUGUCAAUAUCCGUACAGUUGCUGCAUUUGGUGCUGAAGAGCGGAUGUCAAUCCAGUUUUCCACCGAGCUAAACCAGCCAAACAAGCAAGCACUUCUGCGAGGCCAUAUAUCAGGUUUUGGUUAUGGUGUGUCUCAGCUCUUUGCAUUCUGCUCCUAUGCACUUGGCCUUUGGUACGCCUCAAUUCUGAUCAAGCAUAACGACUCAAAUUUUGGAGAUAUUAUCAAGUCCUUCAUGGUUCUGAUAAUCACUGCAUUGUCAGUAGCAGAAACACUUGCUCUUGCACCCGACAUUGUAAAAGGUUCACAAGCACUUGGAUCUGUUUUUGAAAUUCUCCACAGGAAAACUGCCAUAAACCCCAACAAUGCCACAUCAAUGGUGGUUACUGACAUCAAGGGAGAUAUAGAAUUCAGGAAUGUGACUUUCAAGUACCCCAUGAGGCCUGACGUCACUGUUCUCGACGACUUAAAUUUAAAAGUUUCAAUAGGAAAGAGUCUGGCAAUAGUGGGGCAAAGCGGUUCAGGGAAGAGUAGUGUGAUAGCACUGAUAAUGAGAUUCUAUGACCCUACUUCAGGCAUAGUUCUGAUUGAUGGAUUUGAUAUUAAGAACCUAAACUUGAGAUCAUUGAGGUUGAAAAUAGGUCUAGUGCAGCAAGAGCCAGCACUGUUCUCUACCACAAUUUAUGAUAAUAUCAAGUAUGGGAAUGCAGGAGCAACAGAGAUUGAGAUAAUGAAGGCAGCCAAGGCUGCAAAUGCUCACGGGUUUAUUAGUAGAAUGCCUGAAGGGUACCAAACUCAAGUUGGGGACAGAGGAGUGCAGUUGUCAGGGGGACAGAAACAGAGGGUGGCUAUUGCUAGAGCAAUACUGAAAGAUCCAUCAAUUCUUCUUUUGGACGAGGCAACGAGUGCAUUGGACACUGCCUCCGAGAAGCAAGUCCAAGAAGCCCUUGAUAAGCUGAUGGAAGGCCGAACAACUAUUCUGGUAGCGCACAGGUUGUCAACUAUACGUGAUGCAGACAGCAUCGCCGUGUUGCAACAUGGAAAGGUGGUUGAAAGUGGCAGCCAUGAACAGCUCAUCAGCAGAUCAGAGAGUAUUUAUAAGCAGUUAGUUAGCCUACAACAGGACCAAAGCAUACAAGUUCUCUAGCAAUUGGCUGUCCAGGAGAAAUUGGAUAAUACAAGCAAGGAAGAUUUGAGGCCUAACAAGAUACAUUGAUGCUUCUAAACAUGAAGUUUAUUUAUCUGUUAUCAUAUCUAUACUAAAUAUAGAAGAAGAUGUACAGCUAAAUAUGCUUAUAAACACUCACUGUUGCAAAGGCCAUAUGAAAAUUCAAUGGCUUCCAACGAGCUUUGGUCAUCUUCUCCAUUCUACCUCACUCUUAUACUACAACUUGACACUCAAACUCGAUGUUUUAGCCCGAUUUACCAAUCACAAUUCAAAAUUUUCAGAAUGAGUUGAGCUCAAAUUAAUUAGUUAGGAUUGAAUGUGGAGUUGAGUCAAAUUAUGGGAGUUACCCCAAGUUAAGCCUCUAAGUCACACCAGUAUCCCACUUGUAUUUUUAAUUUUUAAAUUUUUUAUGGAAAUUAUUGGCCAUAUAUUUUGGUUUUAAAAUCGUA